AAUAUGGCAUCCGGAAGAGGUGGUUUUGGAAAUGAAAAAUCUGCGAACCCAUUUUUCAUGGACGAUGAUAUUGAUGAUGAAACGUUUCUUGCCAAAAAGCCACCGACAUCUGAUUGGAAUUCAGAAGGGUUCGACACGGACCAUGAAAUGCAACAGAAGUUACAGAAAAUGCGCGAAAUAGAGGAGCGAACUCUAAACAGCACCCAUCGGUCUCUGCAAAUGGUUGACGAAUCGGAGAGAGUAGGCCUACAUACAGCUGAGGAUCUUCUACAUCAGAAGGAACAGCUAGAAAAUGUGGAUCGCAAAUUAGACAAAAUGAAGCAAGACACGCGCAUAUCGCAGCGACACAUUACCUCUAUAAAGAGCGUCUUCGGUGGUUUAAAAAAUUACUUCAGUGGAAAUAAGGACCCAAAGCCAGAGGCACCGCCAAAGCCAGAAAGCCAGAGCACCUCUGGUCUCAGGACGACUGUCGAGAGCAAUCCACGAUCAUCUGAGCACCCAGCAAUGAGGUUGCGUGGCCUGGAUGAUGCAGACGAGAUGGCUUACCCCUCCCAGCAACAGAGGCCUGGUCGUUCGGCCAUCGACGACGAAAUUGAUUCCAAUUUAGGUGAGAUGUCGGAGGGCAUGCUCAGGCUGCGCGGUCUCGCGCUUGGCAUGCAGGACGAGAUUGACGAUCAGAAUGAGAUGCUCGACAAGAUCACUAACAAGACGGAAAGCGCCGACAUGGAGGUGGCGCGGCAGAACCGCCAGAUGAAGAAAAUCCUGCACAAAUGAUUGGAUCGAUUUGUUGCGGUGUCCGGUGAGAGUCGGCUAGAGUUUGCGUGCGGCGCACGUGAGCGCGUCAGGAUCCGCUUUGUCCAUUCUAAUUUCUUGUGUAUCAAUUUUGCUUUUUUGUUGACGUGUGAGGAGGGAAAAUGUGAAAUCGCGUCGGGUUGUCAAUUCAGCUAAUGGAACCGAUUCGUUUCCGAGAUUUCUUUGGUAGCGAAUAUGGGAAACUAACUUAUGUGCUUGUUGUUGUUAUUCUGUUCCCUCUAUUUUGUUUUCGUUAAAUCACUACGAAGUUUAUGUAUGUUUAGCUAACUUUGUUGUCCCUGAAGUUUAAAUUACCGGUGAAUGUAAAAACAUUCCUUAUUACUGCACGGCCAUUGCUAUGCUAAUUGGUUUGUUUACAAUCGUGAAUGCAAUUACCUUAACCUGUUCUUUCCUCUGUCAUAUAACUGACUAUAAUGGUUGUAAAUUUGUUCUGUUCAGCACAAAUCUUCAGGAGCCCGAUUACAUUCUACACUCGACUGAACCCAUUGCAGUGUGAGUUUUCAGAAUGCACCAAGAGCGAAUAAUACCUUAAUCUUAAUCUUGUUAAAAUCAUGAUUGUACUGAUGUCCAUUAAAGUGUACUGUAUGAUUUUUUGCCAGUUUUUAACAUGGUCAGAUCUUUCAUGAAGCGAUGGAUGUUCUUACUAAGACAGUAGACCAGGUAACAAUGCUACAAACUUACUGAAUCACUCAAGGGGGCAAAUGCGACACCAUAUUAAUAGCAGCAUAUCUAGGAACCUAGUAUAAAUAAUGUCAUGGUGUAACCCCUGGGUGUAACUGUAUUAUAAUGGGUUCCUGUAAGCUCUAUAAUUACCAAAUAUAUGUAAGUAUUGGUAACUCAUCUUGCCUAUCCACUAUGACAUGAAUCGUUCAUAGCUGGUACAUCAAGGUUGAUACCAGGGAAUAAAUAAGUGCUGGUAACUCGGUGUGAUGUUUUGCAGCUGUUGUAAAUACGACCUGAUAUAUCCUUAUAUGAUGAUCAGUGUUUUAAAUGUAGGUGUUAUAUGUUUGUUAUAUUAUUGUGAUAUUAAGAUGCAAACAAUGUACAGUUGACAAAUACACUGUGUGAUUUGGUGAUUACAAUAAUGAACAUAUGACUGUUUGUAUAUCAACAAUAAAAUAUAGUGAAAUUUGAUGAACAUAAAUAAUACUGUAUUAUAAUACUUUCUGUGGAAUUAGUAACUUGUUUGUAUAAAUAUAAUUAGAAUUCUACAUAUGUUCGUUUCAGGUUAUUCAAAACAACUAGAAAGUGCAUACAAUAUAAUCAAUUUGAUAGUAGAAAGUUAAUAGAAGCUGAGUGGCAGCAGUGUUAUGUUGUCUAAAUAAUGACUAAUAAUAAUAAAUCUGGGUUUACUGGGAAAUAGCAGAUUAAUCGAGUUACUGCGUCAAAUAAUAAUUAUGUAUUGUGGUUGUACGUUAAGCAUUUGGUCGUAUAUAUCCUCAAUAACACGCUCAAACAGAGAUCUUAUCAUGUGCUUACAUGCAGUGCGUAUACAGAACUUCUGGAAUACUUUACCUAUUACGCAUGCGAUAUUGCAAUAUAGGUCUUUCUGUUCGCAAUCUGCUAGAUUGCGAUGUAGAUAUUAUAGGAACUAUACGUAGUGACUAAAGUGAGUAUAUGCUCUAUUAUUCAAAUAUAUAAUUUGUAGUACUGUACAUGAUCUUUCUUUUAUGCUGAGUAAUACUGCUCAUGUAUGAACACGAAUCCAACACACACAGACACACA